CUGAGAGGUUUAUAUGAGUUCACUACGGAGAUCCCGACGAUGACAACAACUUUAAAACAAGCUUUAAAAACCCACUUUGGGUUCGACAGCUUCAGGUCUAAACUACAGGAAGAUGUUGUCAAAGCGGUCAUCAGAGGUGACAGGGAUGUGUUUGUGUGCAUGCCUACUGGAGCAGGAAAGUCCCUCUGCUACCAGCUGCCCGCAGUUCUGGCUGAGGGCAUUACUCUGGUUAUAUCCCCGCUAAUCGCUCUCAUUCAGGACCAAGUGGACCGCCUGAAGGGUCUGAACAUCCCUGCCUGCUCCAUCAACUCCAAGCUUCCAGCAGGCGAGCGCCGUCUGAUCCUGGCUGACUUAGGGAGCAGCAGCCCCAAGCUGAAGCUGCUCUACAUCACUCCGGAGAUGGUGGCCUCUCCCUCGUUCCAGCCCUGCCUGACGGACCUGUGCUCGCGGGGUCUGCUCUCCUACCUGGCUGUGGACGAGGCUCACUGCGUCUCCCAGUGGGGGCACGAUUUCAGGCCAGACUACCUCAAACUGGGUGGGCUGCGUGCUCGCAUGCCAGGCGUCCCCUGUCUGGCCCUGACGGCGACAGCGCCUAAGAAUGUACAGGAGGACAUUGUUCAGUCCCUGAGGCUGUGCUCGCCGCUGUCUUUUCUCACACCUGUCUUCCGCAGUAACUUGCACUAUGAUGUGAUCUUCAGGGAGAUGCUGCCAAACCCCUACGUCCACCUCCACGCCUUCAUCAAAAAGGCGCUGGCACUGGACAGCGGGUCCAGUGGACAGGGCUGUGGGAUUGUGUACUGUCGGACCAGGGAAAGCUGUGAAACUGUGGCUUACCAGCUGACCAAGCUUGGAGUCUUGGCCAAGGCUUACCAUGCAGGUCUGAAGGCAGGAGAUCGCACAGAGGUCCAAAAUGAGUGGAUGCAGGAGAAGGUUCUGGUUAUCGUAGCCACCAUCAGCUUUGGGAUGGGAGUAGACAAGGCCAAUGUCAGGUUCGUAGCUCAUUGGAACCUGGCUAAGUCCCUGGCAAGUUACUACCAAGAGUCUGGGCGAGCUGGGAGGGACGGACUGCCCUCCUCCUGUCGCACAUACUACUCUCCGAAAGAUUCGGAGCAAAUGAACUUUCUCAUCCGCAAGGAGGUCGGCCGCAGACAGGAAAAACGUGGCUCUGCAAAGGAGAGUGACAAAGCAGCCAUUACAGACUUUGAAGCCAUGGUGUCGUUCUGUAUGCAAGAAGCUUGUCGCCAUGCCACCAUCUCCAAGUUCUUUGGGGACAAGACGCCAAACUGUGCAAAAGCCUGCGACUACUGUCAGAACCCCAAAGUUGUACGAGCCCAGCUGGAGAGGGCGGCCGCACUCAGCACCAAGACUGAAGCUCAGAGCAAAGAGCCCAGAGGCCCGUUCGGCUUCCAGUCGGACCUUUACGGAGGAGGAAAGAAGGGCUACGGCUUUGAGAGGUAUGAUGAAGGGGACGGCAGCGGUGAAGAUGAUGCAGCACAGAGGAAAAAGGAGUUUUCUGACAUCUUCAAAAAGCAGAUGAAACUUCGGAAGGGAGGUGAUGGGCCGAGGGAAGACUUCGUUCCUCCAGAUGCUGACUGCCCACUCAGAGAGGCCAGCAGCCAGAGGAUCCCCAGGCUCACUGUGAAGGCCAGAGAGCACUGCCUGUGCCUCUUGCAGGAGGCAUUACAUGGCCACCAGGGGGCAGAGGAUGCAUUCAAUUGUGACACCCUGUCUUUAGCGGUGGAUAUCGAACACGAGGUCUUCAAGAGCAGCAAGUCCUCCAACUUGUACAAAGCGUCCAUCCUGAAGAAGGUGUCAGAGAUGAAGAAGGAAGCACCUGCUUCCACCGGAGGAGAAAGUGACAAGACUAACAGCAGCAGUGGGUCCAAAGAAACUGAGUCAAAACUCAACGAGGGAGCAUCCUCCUCUUCCUCCUCCUCCUUGUCUGAGGAGCUGCAGGGAUUCACAUCUGCAUCAGAGAUCUACUCUAUGAAGCGUAAGAGGGUGGGGGCAGGCCAGAGGGGCUCGUCCAACCCCUUCCUGACUGCAAAGGAUCUGCUGAAGCCCUCUGAGUUGGAGGCUAUGUCUAACAAAGGGACGGAGAGCGGGGGAUUUUACAACGACAGCUCUGGAGGCUCUGGAGAGGCAAACAGAGAUGCACCUUCGGCCGUAACGUCUUCCAUCAGAGCCAGAGCAAAUGCCGCCGCUGCUUCCCUGAACAGCCCGACGAAGGCCGGCAGAGCCAUGAGCAAGAAGCAGCAGAAACUCGCGGAAGCAGCAAAGAGUUCCCGCAACAUAUCCCUGUACUUUGCGAAGAAACAAACAUCGGCAAAAAGCCAGGAGGAGGAAGAGGGGGGACUUGAUGCUAUGUUAUCUCAUACUACUGCUGUGGUCCCUCAAGAAAACAGUAGCCAGCAGGAACAGUCACCCGUCGCUGCGGAGGCUGUGGAGGUCAGCCCUGUGGAGGCAGAGACUCAGGACGUGAUCCAGGUGAUCCAAGAAGAGAGUAAAACAGAGGUUAUAGUUAUACCAGAUGAAGAAGAGGAAGAAAACCUUAAAACGUUUGAGCUGGAGCGGGUUCAAGACACAGCUAAAGAGUCCAAGACAGAACAAAACAAACCAGAAAAAGAAGCUGCAGCACCUCUAAUAUCAGGGCUGACAGAUAUGAAAGUGAACAGAGAGUCGCCUCCCCCAGCGAAGCGCAGACGCCCCGCGGACGGCCACAGCAGGAGAGUCACCUUCAACCCUAAUGUGCAGGAGAGGGCCCUGCACCCCGUGAAUGAGCCGCCCAAGCCUGUGACCCUGAAGGAGGCAGCUGAUAUCGUGGUCCACUACCUGGACCCCUUUUACACACAGGGAAAGUUUGCGACCAAGGAGCUGUUUAAGUCCUUCGCCCGCUACUUGUCUCACCUUCUCGCAGAGGGGAGGAGUCGGGGGAAAGGCCAAGUUAAAGCAGAAGCCAAGGCGCUCAUCAAGAAGUUCUUCAGCAGAGUCAAGCGCUGCGAGAGCGAGGCAGACUGGAAGCACCUGAAAAGGCCGCACAGCUGCGAAACCACGGAGAACAAGGAAUGAUGGGAAGGGGAAUGUAGCCAUUUCUAGGGUCAAACCCUUCCUCUUUGUCAGUGCCUAAGCUUCCCCUGUUCCGGUGAUAAAGGGCUUCGCCACAUAUGCCUGCCGACCAGAUUUACGGUUGAUUUGCUGCUAGAGUUCUGCUGUUUUCAGGCCCGUUGCUGCUACAGUAGCUUAAAAAAUAAAUAAAAGCAAUAACGUGGACUAUUAAAGGCCAAGAGAGCAGAGGGAAAACUGUGCAUACUAAAAAAAAUUUUUUCUUUAUGUUUCAGCCCAUUUACUGGAAAUUGUGUCUCUUGACGUUACUGAUGACCAAUAUGUGGUUUUAAAUGGACUCUCCUCUAAAGGCAGAAAUUGGUGUUCAUUCAUUUCACUGAAGUGUGGAGCUUUGUGAUCCUGCACUCUUCUUUUAUUCAUGUCCGCAGUUAAACCUAAAACAUGUUUCAAGUCUCGGCAAGUUGAUUUACACACUGAGCUGAAAUGAAUGGAAACCAGAGGCCCCUGGGAAUAAACCACACUGAGUGUCUACAGCCAUGCUAGCAGCUACGUGAGGUAUUUGGAGCUUAAUGCUAAUGUCAGCAUGCUAACAUGCUCACAGUGACACGAACACGCUCAUGUGCUCAACAGCACUGAACAGAAAGUACAGCUGAGUCUGCUGGGAAUGAUGUUUGGCCGUAAACCAAAGCAUUGGUCACAGUGAAAUUUUGACUGCUAGGUGAAAAGUCAGUGGAUCACCACAGCCAUUAGGGUUCAUCCUCUGGGGACCACGUGAUUUCAUGGCAAUCUAACAAACGGUUGUUGAGAUAUUUCAUCUGGACCAAAGUGGUGGACUGACCAACAGAGCAGCUGAUAUUUCCUCUGACAACAGCAUGGUGUGGUAGAAAGUGUUGACAGUAAUGUGAAGAAUACAGAAUUUGAAGUAAAUGGAGAUAUAUAUA